AUGGCGACGAUAAGGUAUCAGAGCUACCGGAGAGCCAUGGGGAAGGGGCCGACGAGGUCGAUUCCCAAAGUUCUGAAGGGCCAAUCUGCUGCUAUGGUGCUGAGCUUAAGCGAGGCAGUUUGGUGGAAAUCAAAGUGGAUUUGGCAUUUGUCGCAACUUUUAACUAGUUGGAAGGAGUCCUUCAUGAUAGAAGGCGAAAGUUCAGAACUUCCUGUUUCAACCGUUUCGCUUCCUUGGGGUCUUCGGGUAAUGUUAAGGAGUGCCAUUCCCUCUCAACCUCAACCCAAUUCCAAAGGUGGCAUUAAUGCCAUUACCUUGAGAUCCGGGACUCAAUUAAAAGAGAAGAAGGUAAAGGACCCAAGUUCGAUCACAAUUACUCAAGAGGAAGAAGGAAUCGAGAUAGAAGAAAUAGAAGAGGAGGAAGAAGCACAAGCCAUAGUUGAGGAUGAAGUAACCCAACCAACAAGUGAGGUCACCAAAAAUAAUAAGAGAGUCGUGGAAGAAGAAAUCGCUCAACCAAUCCCAUUUCUGACACUUGCAAAGAAAGCUAGGAAGCGCAUGGAACUCGACCCCAAAAUGAUAGAAAUGUUCAAGAAAGUUGAGGAUAGAAUUCUUGAGCUAGAGGCCAUUCUAUUGGAGAGUUCUAUUUUCGCUUUAAUGGGAGCAUUGCCCGAGAAGUGUGAUGAUCCGGGCCCAUGCAUGGUCACUUGCACCGUAAAUGGGGUACAAUUUCUAGAUUGUACGUGUGACCUCGGUGCAUGUGUUAGUGUUAUGCCCCUCUCCGUCUACCGUAUAUUGAGGCUACCACCAUUGAAGAGGUCGACGGAAAGAUUUGUUUUAGCAGACAAAAGCAUCAUAACCGUGACGGGUGUUGCGGAAGAUGUACUGGUAAAUAUAAAAGGGUUGGUGUUUCUGAUUGAUUUCUAUGUUCUUGAGAUGCCAUCAAGCGAGUCCGAGAGGGCAUCAUCUAUUCUACUUGGGAGACCAUUUUUGAGGACCUCUAGAUUCAAGUUAGAUGCCUACUCGGGAACCUACUCGUUUGAAAUAGAUGGGAGAGUCGUGAGUUUUAGCCUAGAAGAAGCAAUGAAAUAUCCACCGGAGAAUCAUUCUCUAUUCCAGUGUGACCUAAUUGAUAACAUUGUGGCUGAAGUGCAUCUUGCAAAGUUAGAUGAGAAGCAUAUGAUUGAAGACACAAGUGAAAAUCCAAGCGAAGCGAACGCAUCACCCCAUCCGUGUCAUCCAGAAGUUCAAACCUCAAGCGAAGAACAAAAGGUAGAAUUAAAGCCACUACCACCCCACCUAAAGUACUCAUAUCUUGAUGAAGCCCACAAGUUCCCCGUGAUUAUUACAAAGGAACUAAAUCCUCAACAAAAAGAAAAGUUGCUAUGUAUCUUGAGGAAGAACAAAAGGGCCAUAGGGUGGAGUUUGGCGGAUCUAGUCGGAAUAAGCCCCAAGUAUGCGAGCAUCGAAUAUUCCUCGAAUAAGGAGCUAGACCCAUUCGACAACCUCAAAGAUGACUCAAUCUCACCAUUCUAG